AUGUCCUACAACAAGCCGACCAGCCCACCCCCUUCCUACCAAGGGACCGGCGGCGCUUACCCCCAACAAGGCGGCUCCGCAAACGACUACUACGCCCAACAGCAGCAGCAGCCGUACGGAGGUUAUCCCCAGCAGAACUACAACUACGGCGGUGGCCAGCAGCAGCCGGGCGGUCCCUAUUACCAGCCCCAGGGCCAGCCCAUGUACUAUCCGCAGCAGCAGGGAUACCCGCCACAACAGGGGUACUACGCCGGCGCGCCCGGUGGUAGGAGCUCCACGGGUGCGGGUGGUGGUCUCUGCGCGGGAAUUAUGGCUGCCUUGGCUUGUUGCUGCUGCUUGGAUAUUUUGUUCUAG